CUGUGCAACAUCAGGCAGAGACAGGCACAGCGGCACAGCAGCAGGCAUUCUUGCAAGCAUAAGGGAAGCAGCGAUCAGGGUAGCAAUCCAAGCACAUUUACCAGAGGAGGCGAGAAGAAGGAGGGAAGGGGAGGGAGCGACGGAGGAGGAGAGGGGAUGAGAGGGAGCAGAUCUAUGAGCGGAGAAGGUACAGAGAGGGGUAGAGAAGAGGCAGGAGGGAGGGGGGUGUUGCAUGCUCACAGAGUGUGACAGAGAUAGAGCGAGAAAGCAAGGAAGGAGGCACAGGGACAGAGAGGAGAGCACAGAGCUCCGAGAGAGGAGAUGGAGCACUGAGGCAGAGGCAGAAGGAAGGACUGAGAUCAGCACGCAAACGUGAAUAGAAGGGAGACAGGAAGGACCCAGUGGAGGUGAAAGAGGAGGACAGGGGGGAGGAGUGAUGCCAGAUGAUGGAAUCUAGAAACAGGUUGGACAGCUUUCCAUUCCUGCCCUCUGCAGCAGACAUGACUCUGGGCACUGGACUGUGCCGAAAUUAGCCAGGGGGACGACAACGGGCAGGACAGAGGGUCUUCGGAGAGCUGCCUCAGGUUCGGUCUGGCUGGAUGCAGUAAGGCAGCUGAUUUAUUACUGAGGGGCUGGGUGGCAGCGUGUUUGCGUGUGCAUGCGUGCGUGUGUGUGUGUGCAGGAUUUUAUGGGUCUGUGUGGCGCUCCGAGCUGCGGGGAGCGACCAUUCCUCCAGUCAUAAAGUGACAUUCAGCAGGCAGGAGCUUUGUGUUCUGGUGGGGGUCUGCAGUCCACCGAAGGAAGUAGUAGAGAGGGAGUCGGAGCUGUCAUCGAGCAGAAACUAUGUGUGUGUGCGUUUAUGGUGAGCUUAGCCAAAGUGGAUCAGCUCUAUGUGUUGUGUGUGAGUGUUUAGGUUAGAGUAGCAAGGGUGCAGCAAAGACAAAGCUAAACAAUGCAAGGACGAGUGGCGAAUGACACCAAUGGCCGAGAGUGCAGCUGAAGUACAAGGAGUGCCCCAGGGGUAGGGGAGGACGAAGAAGAGAAAGAGAGAGAGACAGAGAGAGAACAGCUAGAGGACAGAAAGAGGAAAGUAGAACAGUGAGAGGGUGAUCAUGGCUGUUGUACAGUGAGCUAUAGCAUAUGCUGUAGCGCAGAGCAGAGUGCUGCUGCAGGGGGGAGGACAAGCAUCACUGCACUGUGGAGGAGGUAGUGGAGAGGUGGGCGGGGGGGAAGCAGUGAGUUCAGCACCCAGAAAGGGGACACACUGUAGGACAGUCCCAGAAGAAGACACCGACGCCGAGACUAGAAGCCAGGUCAGCGAGUAGAGGUCAGAAAGGAGGCCAGAGGAAAGCCGAGAGUCCUGUUUCCUGUGACACCGCUCACGCCGGUCCAUCACCAUGGGAGAAUGGACCAUCCUGGAGAGGCUGCUGGAGGCAGCUGUCCAGCAGCACUCCACCAUGAUUGGAAGGUGGCCAGACAAAGGAGACCAAAGGGAUGUCCGUGUUGCUCUGUUUCUGCUGGAUAUGAUCCUGCUGACGGUGGUGGUGAUCUUCCGUAUCCUCAUAGUCGGGAUAGUGGGCGAGAAGGUUUAUGAGGACGAGCAAAUCAUGUUCAUCUGCAACACCAUGCAGCCCGGCUGCAACCAGGCGUGCUACGACAAGGCGUUCCCCAUCUCGCACAUCCGCUACUGGGUCUUCCAGAUCAUCCUGGUGUGCACGCCCAGCCUGUGCUUCAUCACGUACUCCGUGCACCAGUCCGCCAAAGCGCGUGACCGCAGCUACUCCCUGCUCCACUCUCACAUGGACCACCACGGACACGGCCACCACGGUCGCCACCACGAUCAUCACGUCCGCAAGCUGCACUCCCGCAACAUCAACGGCAUCCUGGUGCACCCCGAGAGCAAGGACGACCACGACAUGGACGUCAAGGAGAUCCCCAACGGGCCCCGGGGGGCACUGCCCACGCACAAAAGCUCCAAAGUGCGGCGGCAGGAAGGCAUCUCCCGCUUCUACGUCAUCCAGGUGGUGUUCCGCAACGCCCUGGAGAUCGGCUUCUUGGCCGGCCAGUACUUCCUGUACGGCUUCAACGUGCCGGGGAUGUUCGAGUGCGACCGGUACCCCUGCGUGAAGGAGGUGGAGUGCUAUGUGUCUCGUCCGACGGAAAAAACUGUCUUCCUGGUCUUUAUGUUCGCCGUCAGCGGCAUAUGCGUGCUGCUCAACCUGGCCGAGCUCAACCACCUUGGAUGGAGGAAGAUAAAGACGGCCAUGCGGGGCGUGCAGGCCCGGAGGAAGUCCAUCUGCGAAGUGCGCAAGAAGGACGUCUCACACCUGUCCCAGGCCCCAAACCUGGGCAGGACCCAGUCCAGUGAGUCAGCGUAUGUCUGACAGAGGCUUCUCCGCCUGGGAGCUCGAGGACCUUUGAAACUUUGGACCAGAGCUUUUCCCGGGCCUGCUCAAUAGGACACAGGACUGGCUACUGAACCCGUACUGGUCAAGAGCACAGACUCUGGGUAGUCCCAACAAAACAACAUUUCACCCAAAAGAGUUUUUGACACCCUAAGACAAAAAAAAAAAAAACAGAACCAACCGCGAAAACUUGUUCGUCCAGUUUUCUGACCUCUGACCUCUCCCUGGGUGACACUCGGUGCUUUCAGAGAGACUAACACUGAAACUGAGCAUUUACAAAUAACACUAAGAUACUGUAAAGCUAGACUGAGGUUGAAAAAGUUCUUUCUUAGUUGCCUUUGCUGUAGGUCAGGAAAAAAAAAAGAUGAUGUAAUUUUUUUCCAUAUGUGCAUAUGCAAGAGCUUACGCGAGUGCUUGCAUGCAUGCACACGCAGGAGAGUGUGUGCGCAUGCGCGAGCGUGUGUGUGUGUGUGUGUGUGGGCGUGUAUGAGAAACUGAAUGCUAAAUUAUUCUGAAUUACUGAACGUAAGAUAGUUAUUUCUCAUUGUUGGAGAAUAUUCACUUGAUGGAUAAAUAAGCACCUUUUUUCUUAAACGAGCACCAGAAUGAUCCGUGUGAACUGGAACACAGUAUUUGUGUUGGAUUGUUGUUGUCGCUGCAGGAUUUUUGUUUUUUGGGGGGAAAAAAAGAAAAAAAAAAAGAAAUGUCACACUUCUUUAUGUGCUUCGAUGGAUCAGAUGCCACAAAGGAAACGGACUGACGAUGAGUUUUAUUUGCUACACUGUGUCGGUGCUCUCCGUUGCUCCUGGUGCCUCCGAGGCACCAGAACCGAAAACCUACGCCAGGAUCCUUACGUUAGCUUGUAAAAUGCUCUUGCUGCCGAGGGCUUAUGAAUGGAGUUACACGCAGAACCUUUUUGAGUUAAACGGAGGAAAAAACACAAAAAUAACGUAGUCACAAAUAUUUUAAUGCAUAACCUCAAAUCUUUUUCACAAGCACAUUUGGUGCCAUAUUUCAAAGCUACUGUACAUAGAGGAAAUGUAGUAAUUACACUUAGCCUUUUCCCCCCUGUCACAUAUGGAUAGGCUACAUGUGGGCGGGGAGCAGGGGCUUUUCGGUGCUUCUGAAAAUUAACCAUAGAUUGCAGCUUUAACAAUAUUUAGCAUUAAUGUGCUCUUUGUUAUGCCUUCAAUUCCCCCUCCCCUCUAACGGAGACAAUGUCCCACAAAGUGUUUUAUUUAUUAUUUUCUUCCUUCCUUCUUCGGACUUUGAAAAAGGCAUGUUACAGAAGCAUUAAUAGAAUGGAAUAGAAUAUGACAUGUAACUUAAAAAGAGACUGUUUUAUUUAUUUGCAUCCUGCUCCUGUGAAAUGUAAUAUUCAGCAUGCAUGAAGAUGAAAAAUAUAAAGAGACACGGCAAGGGAAUCUCGUUUUAUGGGGAACACUGAAAGCAGAAAAUCGGAAAGGCGCCUCAACUGCAGCAAUAAUAGACUAUAACAUGUGAAAAAGAAAUAUGUGAAUAAAUGAUUAUGCAGCGAU